UCGGGGUUAUUUCUCCUUCUGGGAAGCCAUAUUCGUAGCAGAGAUAUGGCCGCACAAUCCAGGUCCCAAGAAAGCGAUGCGUGGGCCCUGCUGGCCCUCAAAUCGGCCCCGGCCAGUCCAUCGAAGGUGCAGUGGAGUCCCGAGAACAACGGGGUGGCCAUCGCGCGGAUAGAGGGCCGCGAGUUCGAGUACAUGGUGCGGCAGAAGCGGAUCACCAUCGGCCGCAACAGCUCGCGAGGCGAGGUCGAUGUAAACAUGGGCCACUCAAGCUUCAUCUCGCGCAAACACAUUGAGGUCUUUUUCGAGCACCCGCACUUCUACAUGACCUGCAACGGCAAGAACGGCGUCUUCGUCGACGGCGUCUUCCAGCGCAAGGGGGCCCCGGCCCUCCAGCUGUCCAAAAACUGCACCUUCCGCUUUCCAAGUACGAACAUCAGGCUGUCCUUCCAGUCGCUGGUCGGCGACGCAGACCCACCAGUAGCAGUCCGACUGCCCUCGCCAGUCAAGCAAAAGCCCAUGGUGCCCCUGAGAAUCAACAUUCCAGACUCAGAUGGUGGAUUCAGCAGUCCCUUCCCAUCGCCUAGUGGAACUAUUAGUGCUGCCAACUCAUGUCCUGCCAGUCCACGAGGAGGCUCAGGACGACGCAACGUAGGCGCUGAGUUGACGAUGGCUGCUGCCUAUGCGGCUGCACACAGACCUGUGAUUGCCACAGGAAGCUCAGAGGACGGAGGAGGAGGCCGUUCGGUGGUCAUAAGCAGCGACAUCGGUACAGCCCCUUCCAGCUCUGCCGUUCCGGAGGAACAGGUCACCCAAAAGUUGUACAGGGCAGGACCCAAUGGAACCGCCACUCCUAUGGCCACCACUGAACCAUAUAGCCCACCAAAGGACGAUUCAAAGCCUCCAUACUCGUAUGCCCAACUGAUAGUCCAGGCAAUUGCAUCGGCGCAUGACAAACAACUAACUCUCAGUGGCAUCUACUCGUACAUAACAAAAAAUUAUCCUUACUAUCGCACUGCUGAUAAAGGCUGGCAGAACUCCAUUCGACACAACCUGUCUCUGAACCGCUACUUCAUUAAAGUGCCUCGCUCCACUGAGGAGCCUGGCAAAGGUUCUUUCUGGCGCAUCGACCCCACCUCCGAGACAAAGCUGAUCGAGCAGGCCUUCCGAAGGCGUCGCCAGCGUGGAGUGCCAUGCUUCAGGGCUCCGUUUGGCCUUUCCUCACGCAGCGCUCCAGCCUCACCAACUCACAGCAUGGGUGGACUGAUCACCCCCGAGUCAUUGUCAAGAGAAGGCUCCCCCGUUCCUGAUGCCUACAAUGACAGUGCCCUCUCAUCGGGAGUUUCCUCGCCCAUCGUUUCACACGGGUCUUCUCACCUCGAGGUGAAAACCAGCCAGUCAGCUCCAGGCUCCCCUGGACAAGUUCUUAUUUCAGGCGUCGGCCCAUUCGUGAGCAGCACUGUGAUGAGUGCACAUCAUCCGCAGCAGUCGGUGGUGGUUGGAAAAACCAGGCUGAUGGUUCCUGCCCAGCAAAUUACUCUGGUCACCAAUGGAGUUGGAGGUGAACAGCGCGAAGAAAAAUUUGUUGUUCAAAAUAGUGGAAAUGGCACUACUACUACAUUAGUUGCUGUCAAAAGUGAAGACCGCUCUGUCUCUCCAGCUGCAUUCACACCAGCACCUGUUAUUGUGCAAGCAGCGUACACUAAUUACAGCGGGACUUUUGUCAGUCCGGCCAGUACUCAAUCGGUAGAACACCAGGUGGUUGUGGGCAUGAAACGGCACAUCGAAGAAGAUAUGGAGAUGGUAACCACAUCCACAGCUGAUGGUGCUGAACAACUCGAAGAGGGUGUGAAAAAGGCUCGAAUAGAAGAGACGGCCUCGGCCGACCACUGAACACAGCCUCCUUAGAGAAGCAGCAAUCAAGUAGUUGACCAUUUUUAGUAACAGCCACAUUGAUGUGGCUAGAUCACAGUUUAUUUUAUUGGUACUCAGAGUGCCCGACCCAAUACAACCAAAACACUCAAUUUCUUUGCUCUUCGGGACUUAUCGGUCAGAGGGACGUAGAGAACAAAAAAAAUUAAUACUUUAAUAAGAAUUAUCUAAAUUUCUUGCCACACAGCCUUACUUCGGAUUGAUUGAUACAGUCGGGGAUUGCUUUCAUUUUAGGACUAAAUUUGCUGCUCUGUUCCAAAGACAUCUAUAAUUAAAUUUGUCAAUGCAACAUUUGGGAUGGUAAGGUUGGACCAAAUUGACAAAGGGGAGUGAUAACAUAAAUAUUUCCUUGCUGACUCCACUGUUAAAAGUGGUAGCUCUUUUUUAGUGAUUAGUAAUAUUUCUGCAAAACCAAAGGAAAACCCAUUUAACAAGGGCAAGCAGGUCCUAAAGUCAAAGUUGUCUGUUAUUCUGACUUUUUGAAUAGUGUUGAGAUCAAUUUUGUCAGCCAUUGUCCAACAAUGGGUCGGUGGCUUAUCUGAAUCCUGACACAAGUUCAACUUGUUCAAUUUAAGGCUGACGGUCAAGGACUCUUUGGGGUUUAGUUUUUCAGAGGCCGCCUGUUGGCUACACUUAACAGUUCAAUUCUGGUUCUGACAAACAAGGUUGAUUGCAAACACAAAUUUGUAUCUUUUUACAACUUAUAAUUCUGAUUGGGUGUUAGAGUAGGACUCGCAAGAAUAAGUUCUAAUCUUACUAGGGAGGAGCUGUCUGAUAUUGUCAAGAGUUGGUGUUAGCACCAAUCAAUAGAGUCAGAUGCCAGUCUACCCCCUCAGAAAAUCAACAACGCUAAAAAAUAUUGAUGAGAAACUGCAAGGCUCAAAAUUUCGUGAUUUGAUAUUUAUUUAUUCGGAUUCAUGACUAGUCUCAUCGAAACAAACAGUGCAAAGCAAAAUUUUGGGCCUUCCCACCAAAUAUCAUUAGAGAAAGUGUAAAACAGACAAAAAUAAAAUGCACCCAUUAAAGAAAAUCUGUAUCGAUCAUUAUACUCUUGUGUUUUGGACUUCGAAGAUCUCGAACACUCCUAAAUUUUUUUGGUUCAGUUGACUAAAGUAAUGCGUGCAUAAACCUGUUGUGCCAUUUGCAUUAUUUUCCUUAUCUCCUUCUUUCAAUUGGUUCUACAAAGCUGACAAUGGUAAAGUCAACUGGUAGUCCGGCUACAAGUAAAUAGUGUCCUCGGCUAAUAUCUUACGAUUAUAAUUAUUUAAAGAGUUAAUAAUAAAUACAUGCUUUUAUCAAUUACGGCUCAAGUUAAUCAAAUUUGGUUGUUUCUUUGUGUACAUACGGGGUAUAAAAACGAUAGUUAAGCUUAAGUCUGAGCCGAGCACUGAACUUGUUGCCACAAUGGGCUGCCCAGUUGAUCAAAUCUAGUUACAGCGAAAUUCUUCUAUAUCCAAUUUUCAACCAGUGAAGUAUGCACAUGUGAUUUACUAAUUUAUUUGUUGCGUGUGCAGAAUAAAAAAGUAAAAGUUAUGUCAUGGAAAGUAAAGUAAAAAUACAAAACUAUAGCUACCAAUUUGUAAACGACUCUGUAUAUUCUUGAGAGAUGUUACAUUUUUCUUUUGUUCAUUUUUAAUUUUUAUGUGUACAUAAAAAUUAAUGUUUUCAGCUUCAUGUCUGCGCUUAUUUGAAGUACAUAUGGUUACAUAGAUUUGCAUAUAAAUAAAAGGCACUAUCUGUGAAGCAAAA